AAUAAGGUCAAUUUAUAAGACAUUAAGUGAGUGUUCCAAAUCUCUACAGAUAAGAAAUCAAUCGAAAUUAAAAUGGCGGAAAAAGAAUAUCCAGAUUCUCCUUUAGUGAAAAAUAAACACUAUGAGAAAAACAACAAAGAUUCCAUCGUAGUACACGAAAAGGUGCUAUCGUCUGAUACCGAUCGCGGAUGGUCCUUUGUGGUUCUCGCAGCUUCCUUCUCCAGUAUGUUUGUUGCAGCAAUUCUUACCUAUAGUACUGGAGUCAUACAUGUUGGUUUACUGGAGAAAUUUCAAAAGGAUGCAGCUUUCACGUCUUUGAUAGGAUCUGUGUUCUUAAGUUUACUAUCACUCAUGGGACCGGCUGUAAGCUUUGUUGUUAACAGGUGGAGUUGUAGAGUCGGUACAAUACUUGGAGGUCUCCUUGUUUUCAUUGGCAUCUCUUCUAGCUUCUUCGUCGAGAGGCUUUCGGUCCUUCUUGUGACUUACGGUGUCAUAGCAGGGUCUGGUAUGUGCUUCAUUAUUAUAUCACCAGUAAUUGUGAUAGGAUAUGCAUUUGAAAAAUACCGCGGGAUGGCUGUUGGAUUCACUGUAAUGGGAGCUGGCUUUGGAAUGUUUGUGAGUGGACCUUUAACACAAUUUCUGUUGGAUACUUUUGGUCUCCAUGGAGCGUUUUUAAUCCUAGGGGGUAUUGGACUACAGUGUGUAUUUCUCGGCUCGUUAAUGAAACCUUCUCAGCUUGAAAGGAGACAUAAAAUUGAAAUACGUCGAGCCAAGUUUACAAAACAUGAAGAAACAGAACAGAAUAGCAGGUGUAAAGUAAAUUGUGAACUUCUCCAUAAUAAGACAUUUAUUUUGAUCGUCCUGAGUGCGUUUUUAUGGAAUGCUGCUUAUUCCAUUAUUAGUGUUAAUCUUAGUAAUUAUGCGUAUGCGAAGGGGACAACAAAACAAGAGGCUGCCUUUCUGUGGACAAUGGUCGGCAUUGGCAGUACCGUAAAUCGUUUCCUAGCUGGGUUAACAUUAGGACCUAAUGGCAUCGAUCCAUUGCUGUUAGAUUUCGGAUUUUUAGGCAUUAUUGGUAUCCUGACUCUGACUUUUCCAUUGUAUGCUAAUCAUUUUAGUGGCCAGUGUAUAUUCUCACUAAUUUAUGGAAUCUAUAGUGGAGGUCUUGUUGUGUUAAUCAACCCUCUGUGUUUGGAGUUGGUUGGUUUACAACAGUUACCACUGGCAGUAGGGUUUACGUAUUUUUCUGGGGGCGUUGGAUCAAUCAUUGGACCUCCACUUACAGGAUUGUUGGUUGAUGCCAUGGGUGACUACUCCUUUGCAUUUUACCAGACAGGAGGACUGUUUUUACUUGGAGCUCUGUUAGUACUAUUAUCAUCGCUCUGGAGGAGCGAAAAUGAAUUUUUGACAGCAAUGCCUUUAGUCAGUCUCAACAGUGCAAGAAUUCUGUCGGGAUCGGCCUUCAUUUCCGGGUCACUGUCAUUGAUCGUUGACCCUUUGAGCCUUGCACGUGCAGAUUCUGAUUCAAUUAAUAGCCAUCAAUCGUUUGGGAAACGGAGAACUUUAGAAAUCAGUAAUGACAAUGUCGCCAAACUUUUACUUGAGAGAAAAUACCGAGGGAGAAUUAGAACUGUCAGUGAAACGGAUGCUCACCUUUCAAAUAAGAACCGGAACAGCCCAAUCGUAUUGAACAAACGUACGGUUAGUGUUGAUCUGGGUGGUGAUAAAUUGAAGGAAAGAGUAUGUUUAAGAGAAAAUGGCAGUGUUGUUUGAUCUGUUUUCAUAUACAUGUAAACAUAAAGCUGUUCAUUUUCUUUAAAAGAA